AUGAAGACUCCGGCGGACACAGGGUUUGCCUUCCCGGAUUGGGCCUACAAGCCGGAGUCGUCCCCUGGCUCGAGGCAGAUCCAGCUGUGGCACUUUAUCCUGGAGCUGCUGCGGAAGGAAGAGUACCAGGGCGUCAUUGCCUGGCAGGGGGACUACGGGGAAUUCGUCAUCAAGGACCCCGAUGAGGUGGCCCGGCUCUGGGGCGUCCGCAAGUGCAAGCCCCAGAUGAACUAUGACAAGCUGAGCCGGGCCCUGCGCUAUUAUUACAACAAACGCAUUCUGCACAAGACCAAGGGGAAACGGUUCACCUACAAGUUCAACUUCAAUAAACUGGUGCUUGUUAAUUACCCUUUCAUCGAUGUGGGGUUGGCUGGAGGUGCAGUGCCACAGAGUGCCCCUCCAGUGCCGUCUGGCGGCAGCCACUUCCGCUUUCCUCCCUCAACGCCCUCCGAGGUGCUCUCCCCCACCGAGGACCCCCGCUCACCACCGGCCUGCUCUUCAUCUUCAUCGUCCCUCUUCUCCGCCGUGGUAGCCCGUCGUCUGGGUCGUGGCUCAGUCAGUGACUGUAGUGAUGGCACAUCAGAGCUGGAGGAGCCCCUGGGAGAGGAUCCCCGGGCACGACCGCCUGGCCCUCCAGAGCUGGGUGCCUUCCGAGGGCCCCCACUGGCCCGCCUGCCCCAUGACCCUGGUGUCUUCCGUGUCUACCCCAGGCCUCGGGGUGGCCCUGAGCCCCUCAGCCCUUUCCCUGUAUCUCCUCUGGCUGGGCCUGGCUCCCUACUACCCCCUCAGCUCUCACCAGCCCUGCCCAUGACACCCACCCACCUGGCUUACACGCCCUCUCCCACACUGAGUCCUAUGUACCCCAGUGGUGGUGGUGGCCCUAGCGGCUCAGGAGGAGGCUCGCAUUUCUCCUUCAGCCCCGAGGACAUGAAACGGUACCUGCAGGCCCAUACCCAAAGCGUCUACAACUACCACCUCAGCCCCCGAGCCUUCCUGCACUACCCUGGGCUAGUGGUGCCCCAGCCCCAGCGCCCUGACAAGUGCCCGCUACCGCCCAUGGCACCUGAGACCCCACCGGUCCAGUCCUCGGCUUCGUCCUCCUCUUCCUCCUCCUCUUCCCCAUUCAAGUUUAAGCUGCAGCCACCCCCACUAGGACGCCGACAGCGGGCAGCUGGAGAGAAGGUUCCAGGAGGCACUGACAAGAGCAGUGGAGGCAGCGCAGGAGGGCUGGCUGAGGGGGCGGGGGCGCUGGUCCCCCCACCGCCGCCACCACAGAUCAAGGUGGAACCUAUCUCAGAAGGCGAAUCGGAGGAGGUGGAGGUGACUGAUAUCAGCGAUGAGGAUGAGGAAGAUGGGGAAGUGUUCAAGACACCCCGUGCCCCACCCGCACCCCCCAAGCCGGAGCCUGGCGAGACACCUGGGGCAACCCAGUGUAUGCCCCUCAAGCUGCGCUUUAAGCGGCGCUGGAGUGAAGACUGUCGCCUGGAGGGGGGUGGGGGCCCCACUGGGGGCCUUGAGGACGAGGGUGAGGACAAGAAGGUGCGAGGGGAGGGGCCCGGGGAUGCUGGGGGACCGCUCACCCCAAGGCGGGUGAGCUCUGACCUCCAGCACGCCACAGCCCAGCUCUCCCUGGAACAUCGAGAUUCCUGAGGGCUGUGGUUAGGGGGCCCAGGUUACCCCCACUCCCCAUGCUUCUUUUGCUGCCUUAACCCCCCAAAUCCUGGAGGUGAGGGCAGCUCUUUAAGUCCC